CGCGUUUUCCCACGGUCACACAGACACCUCUUUGGAAUGAACAUUCCCGUGACCAAAUACCAAUAGUUCUAACUGGUGUUUAACAAAGAGGAGUCAUUUUCAUGUUUAAAUACUUGGGGUUAUUGUGUGGCUGCGUUUGGAAUGGGCAUUGAGCAGGGAAAGGACGCAACGUAUAAAGGCAAAAUGGCAGAAAGGCGCAAGGUAUGAUACAAGAUAUGGCUCAAGGUUUAGCAUAAGCUAUUAAGUUUGAUGUAAAAACAAACGUACUUUCGGUUUAAAGAGCAUAGUUUCCCUGUUGUCGAAUUAAUGAUGCAUUGGCUUUAAAUGUAUACACACACAUGCUGUUUAUAUGUUUAUAAAUGCCGCGUAUAGAAAAUACGAAACGAAGCUAGCAGAGUUAUCAUCAUAUUUCUAUACUUCAAAAUGAAAUUUCGCUUAAAAGAGACUGUUUUUCUUCGCUGGUCCAAAAAUUAAGCUUAAUAAUGACUCAUAUUUGCAUGUGUAAUGGAAUCAUUUUAUGUAUAUAUACACACAACGAAACACAGAUUUUCAACUUGAUUCAAUCGACUUAAAAUUGAAUUGCGCAUAUAGUUAAAUUAUAAUAAAUUUAAAUUACGACAGCUUCAUUUUCUCCUAGCUCUGUUCGUCAAAACCGUAGAACGUAUAUAUGUCUAUAUAAUGUAAUAAUGAUGCAAAUAUACAUUUUUAAUAAGUUAACCCAUUCUUGCUAUAUAAAUUUUACAUGUUUAUUAUACUGAAAAUUGAAAUGUCACCAUUGCAAUUUACAAAUGCGUUGCAUGCAGACUUAAAAAUCUCAAAACGAAAUUUAAACCCAGGGUCAGUUCUUGCUGUUUGUAAAUGUACAGCGAAUGUCUAAUGAUGCAUAUAUAUUUUAAAGCCGAUGUAUGGUCAAAGCCAUGCAAUCUAUAGUUCCGCUUUACUAGCCAUUUACUGCAUUGUCUAUAGCAUACUUCGUAGGGUAUAUAUAUAUUCAAAGAUCAUUGAUGAAUUUCGAUGUGGAUCGACUGAAUCUUCUCUGCAUUUUCGCCAAAAUGAGUGAAAGUUAAUAAUGACCAAUCAUAUAUUUUAAUGACAAAAUGCGGCUACCUUUAUAACACAGAUCUAGUAAAUUUUGUCUAGUAGGCUAAAUUGACAAAAGGAUUACAUAGAUUUAUCAAUUUCAAAAGCUCUGGCUACCGUGUGAUAUACAGAUGUAGGCUAUACGAUUCAACGGAAUACUUUUUGCUGUUUGUCUUGAAUCAGAAUCGGAUCAAUGCGGUCCAUAUUUUACUUUUAGUUCCUAUAAAUAUACCAUUUCUUUUAGAUAUACAGCACACAGCUCAGAAAUAAAAAUUCAAUUAUUAAUUUAAUCAUUGAAUGGUGCAAUUACAAUAAAUUUAAAUUUUGAGGACUAUUUUUUCCCUGUUUAUAUAAAACGAUAUACCUAACGGCUAACGAUUCAUAUUUCAAUGUUGGUAUACUGGCACUUCGCCCGUAUAAACCAUAGCACAGAAUUAAAAAUGGUUUACUAUAAUUUAUUAUAGCCAAGCAAGGCUAGAAUCUCAGAAUUAUUUACGUCUAAUAAGUUGUGCGAAUCUCGUGCGCGGCUUAUAGACAUGGAUUUGAAUUUAUUCUUUUAUUGGUAGUGUCUCGGCAGUUUAGCCAACGAAGGCUGCAGACUUAAUUAUCUCAACUUCAUCUUUAAUAACACAGAUGGUAUUAUAGGAAUAAUGUCUUUUAUAGAUUCAUGAUAUAUUUGAAUAAAUUCAAAAAGACGAACGCAAAUAUCAGCCGAAUCGAAAAUAAUCCAUCGUAUCGCAAGGCCCUGAACAGGGUCAGAAAACACAAUCGCACAAAGCGUCCUUUAGGAAUGUAUACCAGAAUUAAAAAAAAUUAAUAACUUAUAAUUUACCGAUAUAAAGAUUAAAAGUUCUCUUUGAGGGAAUGUUAAACGAUUUUUGUCCAAAUUGUUUGUUGCUUUUGAAAUUCCGGUUGAAGAAUAGACAAAGCCCGGCUUUUUCGAGUACGUUCAAGGUGAAACUGGACCGUAUUAUGUCUUUGAUUCAGUUGUGAAAGAUAAUGCAUUCUUUUAACAAAAUAUUCGUUUUCAAAAUCACUUUUGCAAAAGUCGUGCGCGGGUAUAAUAUGCUUGCUUUAUACAUUAAGUACAUAAACCUCAUGAAAUAAAGGAUAAUUUGAAAAAAACAACAUCGAAUACACGUUCCUGCGUCUUCAAUCUCAAAAUUUGAGGGCGUCCGUAACAGCUAAUUAGAAAAUGGCUUCGCAUCACUGCUGUAUUAAACAAUGAUAUUUUUGGAUGAUAAAAUUGUCUUCCUCAAAUAUUCAAUUUCAAAAUGAAACUGUUAAACUAUUUGGCUAAAACUUCUCAACACAAUUCGUGAUGAGCGCUUUUAAAAUGCAAGCACGCGCGGAAACAUAUAUUUACUUACCAAUAUAUAUUGAUGGCAUGCAUUAGAUCAAAAUAAGUCAGCGAACCUAUUAAAGGAAAUAUAAAUGGGUAUAGCGUUGGGAACUGUUAAAAAUGUAUUUGUCUCUGAACUAUACCUCAAUAGAUUCAUAUACUUGGACGAUCGGAGCAAGAAUAGGCAAUUUAGUCAGGUCUUAGCUUGUAAUCCGGCAAAAUUUCUAUUUCCGCGUUCAAUCUUAAAUAUAAUCAAAAUUUAUACUUCGUUUAGUCUUCGAAACCUAUCAUGGAAAAACGAAGACGAGAACGAAUCAAUAACAGCUUAAACGAACUGAAAAAUUUGCUUCUUGAAUCACGCAAAAAAGAUGUAAGUAGCUAUCUCAAAUAAUGUGUUUCAGGCCAAGAAUACUAUGCUUAAACUGGACUUCAACGAUUGAGAUAUUUAUAAGUAUAUAAUUUAGCUUUUUGCAUAUUUCUUUAAUAAAAACUCUAAGCCGUGUUUGAGUUCUGUGACACAAUAUUGUUGUCGCGUUUCCCGUCUACAAAGAUUUAUCGUAUAGCAAGGAGUCGGACAACCCAGUUUCCGAAAUCUAUAUAUUGGCACGCUUAUUAGCAUUAAACACUUAAUUAAAUAAUGGCACGAUAUUAAACCCGAAUUGUGCUCUGGAGUUAUAACUGAAACCGCGGAAUUUUUUUUGUACUAAGCUGUAAGUCCCUGUGAUCAAAUCGGUGUUCUGAUGAGCGCUAUCAUUAUUGAUCCAGUGUUACUACAGCAGGAAACCAAACUAAACUAACUUUAUUUAAACUGGAAAGCUCUAUCAGUUCUAAACUGUUCUUCCUAGAGGUCCAGUAAGGAUGAUCUCUUAUUGCUCCAGUGUUACUACAGGAGGAAACCUAAACUAAACUAAUUUUAUUUAUACUUGAUAGCUCUAUCAGUUCUAAACUGUUCUUCCUAGAGGUCCAGUAACGCUCAUCUCUUAGCUUAUUGAUCCAGUGUUACUACAGGAGGAAACCUAAACUAAACUAACUUUAUUUAUACUGGAUAGUUCUAUCAGUUCUAAACUGUUCUCCCUAGAAGUCCAGUAACGAUGAUCUCUUAUUGCUCCAGUGUUACUACAGGAGGAAACCUAAACUAAACUAACUUUAUUUAUACUUGAUAGCUCUAUCAGCUCUAAACUGUUCUCCCUAGAGGUCCAGUAGGAUAAUCUCAUAUUGAUCCAGUGUUACUACAGGAGGAAACCUAAACUAAACCAACUUUAUUUACACUUGAUAGCUUCAUCAGUUUUAAACUGUUCUUCCUAGAGGUCCAGUAAGGAUCAUCUCUUAUUGAUCCAGUGUUACUACAGGAGGAAACCUAAACUAAACCAACUUUAUUUACACUUGAUAGCUUCAUCAGUUUUAAACUGUUCUUCCUAGAGGUCCAGUAAGGAUCAUCUCUUAUUGAUCCAGUGUUACUACAGGAGGAAACCUAAACUAAACCAACUUUAUUUACACUUGAUAGCUUCAUCAGUUUUAAACUGUUCUUCCUAGAGGUCCAGUAAGGAUCAUCUCUUAUUGAUCCAGUGUUACUACAGGAGGAAACCUAAACUAAACCAACUUUAUUUACACUUGAUAGCUUCAUCAGUUUUAAACUGUUCUUCCUAGAGGUCCAGUAAGGAUCAUCUCUUAUUGAUCCAGUGUUACUACAGGAGGAAACCUAAACUAAACCAACUUUAUUUACACUUGAUAGCUUCAUCAGUUUUAAACUGUUCUUCCUAGAGGUCCAGUAAGGAUCAUCUCUUAUUGAUCCAGUGUUACUACAGGAGGAAACCUAAACUAAACCAACUUUAUUUACACUUGAUAGCUUCAUCAGUUUUAAACUGUUCUUCCUAGAGGUCCAGUAAGGAUCAUCUCUUAUUGAUCCAGUGUUACUACAGGAGGAAACCUAAACUAAACCAACUUUAUUUACACUUGAUAGCUUCAUCAGUUUUAAACUGUUCUUCCUAGAGGUCCAGUAAGGAUCAUCUCUUAUUGAUCCAGUGUUACUACAGGAGGAAACCUAAACUAAACCAACUUUAUUUACACUUGAUAGCUUCAUCAGUUUUAAACUGUUCUUCCUAGAGGUCUAGUAAGGAUCAUCUCAUAUUGAUCCAGUGUUACUACAGGAGGAAACCUAAACUAAACCAACUUUAUUUACACUGCAUAGCUUCAUCAGUUUUAAACUGUUCUUCCUAGAGGUCUGGUAAGGAUCAUCUCUUAUUGAUCCAGUGUUACUACAGGAGGAAACCUAAACUAAACUAACUUUAUUUAUACUGGAUAGCUCUAGUAUUUAUACUGGUAAGGUUUUCCAUUGAUUUGCUUUCAUUGCAAAGUUAUGGGCUGUGCAAACAUAGCAAUUGGUAAAAUUCGUCUGAGAUCGAACACCACUUUAAAAUGACGCACUUUGCCCUAUUCAAAAGGGCGCAGUUGAAAGUCCAACACUUUAAAACAAAAAGAGUUCGGCACUUAAAAGACGCAUUCCAACAAAAAGACUGUCAACAUGAUAUUAUUGCCACAACAGGGCAAUAAGGAAAUCAAUUUCCUUAUUUGAAUUGAGAGUAACUUUACCGGGCGGUGGCAACUCAGUGUCUUAAUGUAUUGUGCUUUGGAGGAAACUCUUACUGAAUUAUUAAUGACUGAACUGUCAUGUUGCCAUCCCUGAUGAUGUUUUAUUUAUUGUCAUGAAUCAUCUCAAUCGUUGUGGUCCAGUGCAGGUAGUAUUCUACAAUAAGCUGUCGUGGUUUGUGUCUGAACUACCUGAAAAAGAUAUCUCAAACGUGGUGGUCCAGUGUAGGUAGUAUUCUACAAUAAGCUGUCGUGGUUUGUGUCUGAACUACCUGAAAAAGAUAUCUCAAACGUGGUGGUCCAGUGUAGGUAUUCUACAAUAAGCUGCCGUGGUUUGUGUCUGAACUACAUGAAAAAAGAUAUCUCAAACGUGGUGGUCCAGUGUAGGUAGUAUUCUACAAUAAGCUGUCGUGGUUUGUGUCUGAACUACCUGAAAAAUAUAUCUCAAACGAGGUGAUCCAGUGUAGGUAGUAUUCUACAAUAAGCUGCCGUGGUUUGUGUGUGAACUACCUGAAAAAGAUAUCUCAAACAUGGUGGUCCAAUGUCGGUAGUAUUCUACAAUAAACUGUUAUGGUUUGUGUCUGAACUAUCUGAAAAAGAUAUCUCAAACGUGGUGGUCCAAUGUCGGAAGUAUUCUACAAUAAGCUGUUAUGGUUUGUGUCUGAACUAUCUGAAAAAGAUUACGACCAAUUCAAGGUUACUUUUUUUCAUUUUUUAACCAGAGUACAUCAUGUUGUUCAAAGUUGGAAAAGGCAGACAUAUUGGAAAUGACAGUCCAGUAUUUAAAAUCAAUACGCAGUCAGCAGGAGAAAGGUGAGAACUGGCGAAUACCUCGGCUUAAUUGAGCAAACACAACAAAUCCAAAAUCUAAACAACAUAUUGAAAUGCAACUCACCGAUGACUGCGGGCUUAAACACAUUCCCAAUUUGCGAUCUGAAAAAUAAACAUAGACAUAUGUCAAAUUUGGUAAUAUUGAAUACAAUAGAGCUCGUAUAACGAAGCCAUUGAAUCUACAUAGGUUUUGUGACAUGUUCGUUUAGAUUCGGUUUCCUCCUGUAGUAACACUGGAUCAAUAAGAGAUGAUUCUUACUGGACCUCUAGGAAGAACAGUUUAGAACUGAUAGGGCUAUCCAGUGUAAAUAAAGUUAGUUUAGUUUAGGUUUCCUCCUGUAGUAACACUGGAUCAACAAGAUAGUAUGACUCUUACUGGACCUCUAGGAAGAACAGUUUAGAAGUGAUAGAGCUAUCCAGUAUAAAUAAAGUUAGUUUAGUAAAGGUUUCCUCCUGUAGUAACACUGGAUCAAUAAGAGAUGAUCCUUACUGGACCUCUAGGAAGAACAGUUUAGAAGUGAUAUAGCUAUGCAGUAUAUAUAAAGUUAGUUUAGCAAAGGUUUCCUCCUGUAGUAACACUGGAUCAAUAAGAGAUGAUCCUUCCUGGACCUCUAGGAAGAACAGUUUAGAAGUAAUAGAGCUAUCCAGUAUAUGUAAAGUUAGUUUAGUAAAGGUUUCCUCCUGUAGUAACACUGGAUCAAUAAGAGAUGAUUCUUACUGGACCUCUAGAGAGAACAGUUUAGAACUGAUAGAGCUAUCCAGUAUAAAUAAAGUUAGUUUAGUUUAGGUUUCCUCCUGUAGUAACACUGAAUCAAUAAGUGAUGAUUCUUACUGGACCUCUAGGGAGAACAGUUUAGAACUGAUAGAGCUAUCCAAUAUAAAUAAAGUUAGUUUAUAGGUUUCCUCCUGUAGUACUGUAACACUGGAUCAAUAAGUGAUGAUUCUUACUGGACCUCUAGGAAGAACAGUUUAGAACUGAUAGAGCUAUCUGGUAUAAAUAAAGUUAGUUUAGGUUUCCUCCUGUAGUAACACUGAAUCAAUACGAGAUGAUCCUUACUGUAAUUACUGGACCUCUAGGGCGAAUAGUUUUAGAACUGAUAGUGCUAUAUCCAGUAAUUUUAGUACCAAAGUUAUCACUCCACUUAUAUAUUGAGCUACCUUCGGCACAGCUGGUACUUCGACAGUCAAGUGGUUGCUUAGCACGAAAGCAGGAAUGCUUCAGUGAGCGCUUUAUUCCAAUAUCAAUGGUUCAUCAUUUUGUGAUAAUUAGCUUAAUAAUGAUUUGGAAUUCGAGUAAUCUGCUCUGAAGCACUUAAAUGGCCACAAAACGUACUUGAAAAAUCACUAUGCUUUUAACAAUUGCCUUAAAAAGCCGUCAAUUAUUUGCGAGUUGUUGUUAAUGCAAGUCUGCUAAAUUUAGAAUUGGGUCUUGAACUUGGCCCGGGAAGAAUUAAUAAUUGAUUUUUUUGGGUGGAAACAUUUAAAAGCUUCAAACAUCCGGAGUACGAGAGCUCUUUCUUCUCUUAAACAAUGCGGAAGGAUAGUUCACAAUUUAACACCAGCAUCUUAUUGUUUUUGCCGUAGACCGUAGUUAUUAAUGCAAGCUUGUAGUUACUAAAUGAUUUUAAACGACCAAGCAUUUGUAUCCAAACAAAUUAAUUUUGCACAAAUGAAGGGCAUUUAGUUUUCGAUUUCUGAUUCAUUGGCGUUGCUGAUAUAGGUGGACCUUUACGAAGAACAGUUUAAAACUGAUAGAGUCAUCCAGUAUAAAGUUAGUUUAGUUUAGGUUUCCUGCUGUAGUAACAUUGGAUCAAUAAGAGAUGAUCCUUACUGGACCUCUAAGAAGAACAGUUUAGAACUGAUAGAGCUAUCCAGUAUAAAUAAAGUUAGUUUAGUUUAGGUUUCCUCCUGUAGUAACACUGGAUCAAUAAGAGAUGAUUCUUACUGGACCUCUAUAGGAAGAACAGUUUAGAACUGAUAGAGCUAUCCAGUAUAAAGUUAGUUUUGUUUAGGUUUCCUCCUGUAAUAACACUGGAUCAAAAAGAGAUGAUCCUUCCUAGACCUCUAGGAAGAACAGCUUAGAACUGAUAGAGCCAUCCAGUAUCAAUAAAGUUAGUUUAAUUUAGGUUUCAUCAUGUAGUAACACUGGAUCAAUAAGAGAUGAUCCUUACUGGACCUCUAGGAAGAACGGUUUAGAACUGAUAGAGUUAUCAACUAUAAAUAAAGUUAGUUUGGUAUAGGUUUCCUUCUGUACAGUAACACUGGAUCAAUAACCUUAUUGGACUUCUAAAGAGAACAGUUUAGUAUUGAUAGAGCUAUCCAGUAUAAAUCGAGUGAUGUUCAUUUCAUCUUAUUAAUUUCAGCGUCAACAACAACAGACCCAAUGGCCCUAGCUCACUACAGAGCAGGUUUUAACCACAGCGCUAUGGAGAUAAGGCGAUUUCUGAUUGACACGCCAGAUAUUGAAGUGAAAGUCCGCGCCAGACUCCUAACACACUUAUCUAACAGUUGCCACGCCGUGCUAAGCAAUCAAGCAUCAACAAAACAAUAUUACCCCUCAGUCUACCCUACAUCCAUCCAUCAAUCACCCGAAGUAUCAACGCCGAUCCUAAAAGAUCCAUCGUUAUCCACAUCAAUCCUAAGCGAUCCAUCAAUAUCAACAAUUACCCCUCGCGAACCAUUACCGUAUUAUUUUAACCCCUCGUUGCAACUGAUGCCCACUCCCCUAACGAACGGAACAUUAGCGGCCGUAUUAGUGCCCACUCCUAAUUUUUAUACCGCGCUGCCGCAGCCGCAAAUAUUGCCGAGUCAGCAAUUUAAACUAGAGCCAAGCUCUCCGACGUCUACAACAACACACGGCCAUGAACUCUCUGGGAAAAUUGCGGAUACUUCAAACAAUGAUAGCGUUUUAACUUCAAUGCGUCAAAAUAGUACUUCUCGCACUAGUUCACAGGCCCCUGAGCCAGACGAUGGCAACGUCUGGAGGCCAUGGAGUUAAACGCUGACCAAAUAAUUAAAUAAUCGUGGGCGCAGUAAAGGCAAAAUUGGGCGGUAGUGCGCCUAUAUAGACGUUAAAUUUGCUCGAAUGAAUAAAUCGCCGGCAAUAUUUAUAAAAAACAUGUAGCCCUAAAUUAAACACAUAACAAACAUAUUUAUAUACCAGUUUGCACUCAAUUCACUGAAAGUACACUAAAGUUACCUUUGCCAUUAUAUGCUUACAUUAUCAGAACAGUGGUAACUAGCGGUAUGUGAGUUAUCAAUUCACUCACAUAUAUAAUUUAAAUGCUUGGCUAUCUUUGUUUCAUUCUAUGCUUACAUUAUCAGAACAGUGGUAACUAGGCAUAUGAAUUAUCAAUUCACUCACAUAUAUAAACCAAAUGCUUGGCUACCUUUAGUCCAUUCUACAGUGUAUAAAAAAACUAAACCCUUUCAAAUUCAAAUUAGCUAUAACGUAUUGUAAUUUGACAGCUCUAAAUGCUUUAAAUUAAUGGUUGGGUAAGAACACAAGGUCUUGUACUCAUGGGACAAAACUCAAAGAAAUAAAAAUGACAAAAUUUAAAGGAAAUACAGUAUUUCUCUUAAAUACAGUAUUUCUUUUCCGUCCCGUGAGUACAAGACCUUGUGUUCUCACCCAACAUUAAUUCAAAGCAAUUCGAGCUGUCAAAUUACUACAAUGCGUUAUAGCCAAUUUGAAUUUGAAAGGGUUCACUUUUUUUUCGAGACACACUGUAUGCUUACAUUAUCAGCACAGUGGUAACUAGGCAUGUGAGUUUUCAGUUCACUCACAUAUAUAACUUAAAUGCUUGGUUAUCUUUGUUCCAUUCUACGCUUACAUUAUCAGAACAGUGGUAACUAGGCAUGUGAGUUAUCAAUUCACUCACAUAUAUAAUUUAAAUGCAUCUUUGUUCCAUUCUAUGCUUACAUUAUUAGAACAGUGGUAACUAGGCAUGCAUGCUAUAUAGUUAUUUGAAAAUGUGAAUUGGGUGCAUAUAGACUUCAUAUAUACUCACCAUAAUUAUUCAUAAAUUUUAUGUGAAUUGGGUGCAUAUAGACUUCAUAUAUACUCACCAUAAUUAUUCAUAAAUUUUAUACUUAAAAAUUCAUAAUGGGGUAUCAAAAUACCAACUUUAAAAUGAAUAUGUUUUGUGAUAUGUUUUUAAUUUCCUAACCAAGAAAUUUUAAAUGUAGUGUUUUUAGAGUAUAGUUUUAGAGUAUAGUCGCAAAACAUGUUCAAAAAGAUUGGCGAGGAACCGCACAAUGUAUACUUCACGUUGAAGGAAAUUAUUUAAAGAUCAUUUUAAAAGUAGUAUAUAUUCUUCUGUGAAGAACUUGUCAUAUUUCACUGCCUUAUGAGCAGAGAAUAC